UUGGCAAAAAUGAUGAAGAGAAAUAGGUUUCCAUCGCUGAUAGGAUGACAGCGAGAGAUCUAAGUCUAAAUAGAUCUUCUAUUCCUUAGUUUGGUUCAACACAAGAUUUAAGGAUUUUUUUUGGAGAAAUCACAUGCCAACUAAGAAAACAAGAAAUGACCAUUUCCCGAGCUUUGAGUUCGGAAUUGGGAUGAAAAAGUAUUAAAUAAUUAUUAUUUUUGCUAUUAUAGUAAAGAUAAGUGAGGUUUCCUAUUCUUAGUUUACUUUUUUUUAGUUGUGAAACAAACAAUGGAUAUGUGAGGAAAUUUAUUUCCAACCUUAUUUUGUGACGAACCAAACAAAUUUUAAGAAACUUUUAAAAACACAUUAAAAACAAUAUCUAUAUUUACAAAUGAGUUUCCUAUAAUCAGGAAAACCAACCAAACAGCCCCUUAGAGUUUGACAUGGGGUUUUAAUCAAAUAUUAAAAUAUGCAAGGAAUCAAUUAUUGAGGAAGAGAAAGCCAUCAUUCUACUGCGGCCAGUGUGCAUUAACAUUUUAAUUUUAGAGUAGUUUUUGUUACAUUAGGCUCCCAAAUCUUUGAUAAUUCUAUAUUAGACUCUCAAAUCUUCAUAUUUUUUCUAAUGUUCAAAAUGGGGUCUUAUUUCAGAAGCUUAGCAGAUCUAUUUGAGGGCCGUAUUUAAAACUAACGGGUUCGGAGGUCUAAUUUAGAAAACAUGAAGACUUCAGGAUCAAACAUAGAAUUAACAAAGAUGUAGGGUCUAAUACAACGAAAACCCUAAAUUGUACUAACUGUACUUCAAUUUUUAUACUACUUUUGUGUUAUAAGACUCAACCAUCUUGUACAAAUAAAGACAGAUCUCCUGUUGCGAGUAACAACAAAGGCUGAUUAUUAUAAGUAAUGACUCUGUGAUUGUGUUUUGUACUAUUAAUGUAGUAUAAAAACUAUAGCAGAGUAGAGGUAGCAUUAUUUUUUAUUUAUAGAAUUUUAUAAAGCCUAUCAAUGAUUAGAUCAAAACUAAUUACCUGCUUUUUUUUUUUACUACGACCUGUCAAUGUCAUGCUUUUCUUUUGAUCAAUCGAGAAACCCAAUUUGGUGAAUAGUGAAUACUGUAAUCAUUGGCCUUAUGCUUUCAAAGUGAGGAGAAAUGCGUGAUUCCUCUUCACCUUUGGACCCCAUUUCCCUUUGAUAUGUGUGGUGCGAAAACCCAAUUCCAUGAUCAGUGUGGUACAAAACUAUAGUACCUUACUCAUUUGGCUCUGGAAUUUAUGUCUCGUAAGUUGUAAUGUCCACAGAUGUCCUUUUGGUUUGGAAUAGUUUAAUUCAUUAUUGUGGCUCUUUAGUCUGUGAGUUGUAAUAUGAAUGCGCUCUAUUUUCUUCUUGAUUGAAGGAAAAGUUCUCGUUAAGUGGUUUAUAUGUGUAUUCAGGAUGCAAGAGAGGAGUUGUUUAUUUCAAUUCAAUUGGCUGCUGAUGAGGUUUUCCAAGAAAGGAGGAGUCUGCCACGUAAUGAACGUCUCGAGUUUUAGUACUCAAAGCCAUCUAUCUGACUACUAAAACUAUCGAUACUUUCUUCUCAAGUCAUACAAGGUUACUGAAAUUUCAGCAACUCUUUGCAAUGGAGAAUGAUAUAUUCAGUGCGUCAUUACAAACCGAUCAAAGUCACACAAUCUUCAACGCAGCUUCAUCGCAUAUAUUUUCAUCCUCAUUGAUACAGCCUAGUAUAAUUGAUCAUAACACCAAUGAGCGGAUAUUUGCAAGAAACCCUUUGCCUUCAAAUGUACAAGAAGAAUUUCUGAACAAUCUUUAUGUACCAAAUUACUGUGGUAUGCCCAAUGGAAGCUCUUUCGAAGCUUAUAACGAAAAUGCCAACAUGGGUUCUCUCAGUAACUUUUUACCUAUGAAUAUGAGAUCUCUCGACAGUUCUAAUUUGUUCAAUAGCGAUUAUGAGAUACGAAAUGGGCCAAUUCAGAAUGAAUUUAUGAAAAUUAUGAGCACAGUUCAUCCAUCUUAUCAUGUAAAUGGAAGCACAUUGCCAAGAAAUGAACUUUCCCUGAGUCUUGGAUCGUCAGAAAAAAGUAGUUCAGUUGUAACUCAAGCUACACCUAAGGAAAGUGAGGAGCUUUCUCUAUAUUGUGGUCCUUUGAGUUCUAUUCAUUUUUCUCACGUUCUUUCAGGAUCAAGAUACAUUGAUUUGGCCCAAGAAAUACUGGGUGAAGUCGUUAACUAUGCAGUGGGAAAUUUUGAAGAGAUAGAUGAUUCAUUUAGUGGGAUCGAGGGUGAGGCUAGAAUUUCUUUCUCAUCAAGUUGCUCAAAAGCUAAAGGUUUAUUCGAUGUAGGUUCUGAUGAGUGGAAUUCUUCAGGAGAAAUGAAGUCUCGGGAAGAUAUGGAACAGUUUGUGAUAGAAGAGAAUAAGGCAGAGAAGAACAAGCUGGUAGCUAUGCUUCAAAUGAUCCAGGUCGAUCACAGUUACAAGCAAUACUUGGACAAUAUCCAGAAAGUCAUAAGUACAUUCUAUGACGCAUCUAACUCGAGCAGUCCUCAAAUUCUAGCCCACUUCGCUCUCCACACACUAUCCUCUACAUUCAAGAACUUAAGGGAAAGAAUUCAAAGCCAUAUUCUUUUAUCAAAUGAAGAACGCAGCAGAGGAUACACGAAAGGAAAAGAGAAAUACUUUGAGCAUUCCUUCAUUCAGAAACAAUGGACUUUGCAAAUGGGAAGGAAGGAUCAGCAAUGUUGGAGACCUCAAAGAGGAUUGCCUGAAAGAUCUGUCUCAGUUUUACGUGCGUGGAUGUUUCAGAACUUUUUGCAUCCGUAUCCGAAGGACAAUGACAAACAUCUGCUUGCUUUACAAAGUGGUUUGACAAGGAGCCAGGUUUCCAACUGGUUUAUUAAUGCUCGAGUUCGUCUGUGGAAGCCAAUGAUCGAAGAAAUGUACUCCGAGAUCAGAAAGCAUCAAACUGACAACAGGAUUGAAAGUGAUUUUGAAUGCCAUGGAAACAUCAGCAAUCCGAGACGCCUAACAAACUAAUCACUAUGAUUUCGUUGCCCGUGAAGAUAAAUUUGAUAUUGAUGAUGCUAUAUCUAUAGUCCAUGUGAAAAAAAAAGAAACUGAGUUAUUAGUUGCAAGUUGCAGUAUCUUAUUUCCUAUUACUCGUGAUUAGAUUAAGGGCUCGUACUAAUGGAAUUUGUCGUGUAAGUGCACAUGAAAUAAUUCCUGUUAUAAUCAUGUUAUGCUAUAGUACGAAAAAAUAGAUUGUGUCAUAAGUUUAUAACGA